AUGUCUCCCUCAAUCGUCACGAUCGAUAACACAUCAGACUUCGAUGUAUUCAGCUCAACCCCGACCCAAAAUGGCUCCUCAGGCCCCCGAACCUUACUUCUUGCCCCUCCGUCUAUCGCAAGUCACGAGGAGAAGUUACGAAAUGUCUUAGCCGCCCACGACCAGUCCGUUACCAACUUGCAGAUGCUUGACCGUCUUUCUGCCGGUCUUGUUAACCUUCCCGACGCAACAUACGACCUAAUCUUAGUCCUCACAGACGCCGAUGGCACGCGUGCUGAAUCAACACUCCUUCUCAAUCGCGAUGUUUUCGCUAAGAUUGUACCGACUCUCAAAAUUGGAGGAAAGAUCCAAGCGCAGGACGGCUCGCUAGCACAGAAUAGUCAGGGACCUGAUGCGCGAGAGGCCCUCCUAUCCGGCUUGUUGCCUGGCGACGAUGGAUUCUCGAAGCCAGAUGAUGGCGCUGCUACUGCAGUUCCUCUUAAACUAGGACUAGGCAAGAACAAGAAGAGAAGUGCCGCCGGCCCUGCCGUAAAGAAUGUUACUGUCCACCAAGCCAACGGGAAGGAUGCAAGACUCAACAUGGUGCCUCCCACUGUGAAGUCGACCCCUGCAGGUGUCGGCUUUGUGGACCUUAGCUAUGACUUUGACGCUCCUGAGGACGAUGACGAGCUAAUCGACGAGGACACCUUGUUAACAGAGGAAGACUUGAAUAAACCCUUAGCUAUUCCUGCGGAAUGCGUACCGAAGGUUGGCAAGCGAAGACGUGCUUGCAAGGAUUGCACAUGUGGUCUGGCUCAGAAGCUCGAGGCUGAAGAUGCUGCAAGAAGGAAGCAAGCCGACGAGAAACUUCAGGCUCUAAAGCUCGACUCCAACGAUCUAACCGAAGUGGACUUCACCGUAAAGGGCAAGGUUGGAUCCUGCGGAAACUGCUCACUAGGUGAUGCUUUCCGAUGUGACGGAUGCCCCUACAUAGGACUGCCAGCAUUCAAGCCUGGAGAGGAAGUCCGACUACUGAAUAACGUCGUUCAACUAUGA